AUGUCUUCGGAUGAGCCGUGCAUAGAUGCAGUGAUCGAAUUAAAAUCUCCUGAGAAAAUCAAAGCCGACGAAUCUGUGGAAUUUACGGUUGAAAAAGAGGAUUCUGACGAUGAAAGCGCCGAAGAUGGAGAAGACAAUGAAGACGAGGAGGAGGAGGAAGACGACUUUAUUGCCCGAUCUAAGGCCUCCAACGACAGAUGGGCUCAGCUGAUUGCCAACGCAGAAGCCGAGUUCGAAUUGGACGAAAGUCCUUUGGACAUUGCAAUCAAGGACAUAAAGUGGGUUUUCUUAUCUCAGAUACCGUAAUCUCAUGACCUCCCAACGAAAUUUUAGACGUUACCUUACUCAGGAAAUACGGUAACCAAUUAUUUUAUAAAGUUUAUUUCUAGACAAGGAAACUUGUUGCGGAGGAUUACGGUAAUUCGGACAUUGCCAUCAUUAAUCAAGGAAGAAGGAAGCAGUGCGUUGGAACGAUUAUUGCCAGUUAUCCAGGUAAUUUUAUCAUUUUCUCAGCAGAAAUAAAAAAAUCUCUAGCAAAAAAAUUCGUUUUGGUUAUCUAAAUGUCUUUAGGACUCGUUAUCCUCCGACGCCUCGCUGGAUCUUCAUGCCGAGGCCAUUGCUGUCUUUGCGGGCUUGAUCCGAGACCGGACACUGGUCAACAUCCAUCCGUGAGUUCUUUUUUUUUUUGCUUGACCACAGGUGUUUUGUGACCAAGAGGUUGGACCUUAUCUCUUUAUUUCAGAGAGCUGCCUUCGAAAUUGCUCUCUCAGAUCCUUGAAUUUGUGGAUCUUCAUUCGGAAUCUCGUAAGUCAUUGUUUUCUGCCAGAUGUAUUUUAUCUCUAUGACCCCUUUUCUAUAAAAAAUUUUCAUGAUGAUUUGAAUUUUUUUUGCAUAUUGCGAAUGUGAAGUGCAUUAUGUAAGAUAAUAUUUUCUCUUUCCUUUCAGUCUCCGGAACAGCCUGGUAUGAGAACUUUUUGGAGAUUGCCCCAUAUUUCCCCGUCCGAACUGUGGUAGAUUUAGUAAGUUUCCUGCCGGAACAAACAAUGUAUUCGAUUGCUUUUAGAUUCUCCCUAUUGUUGUGAGCCGUUGUGAGCCUAAUAGAAAGGCCCAAUUGAGAUCCAUUUCAGCCAGGCUUUUGGAAAAGUUAUGUGAAAUUAUACCCUCAGAGAAGUAAGUCAAUCAUGUUUUGCAAAAUAAGGCCGCGUGAUAUUCACAAUUUUAGCGUUAAGAAGGAUAUUGCACCGUGCAUUCAGAUGUUGUGCCAGGAUCCAGCCCCUGCCGUCCGCACGGAGGUGGCAAAGAGAUUGUCGGUGAUUGCCCGGGCCCUAAAGUAAGCAGUUAUCCUUCUAAUUCUUAUCACCGUUUCAGCAACUCAUCUGAAUCCGUUUCUCUCCUUUUACCAUCCUUGAUUGAGUUAUGCAAAGAUGAUGAUAGUCAAGUCAGAGAAUCAAUCCUCACCACUCUCGUCGUUUGUCUUCCAUAUUUUACAAAAGAUAGUCGCAAAUCAGUUGUUAUCCCACUUCUCAAAAGGUGUGCAGAACAAGCUUUGAUUAUGAGAGACAACACUUUGGCUACAGUAUCCAGACAAUUGGGGGCUUGGUUGGAAGAAUUAAAAGAUUUGUUAAGCCCUCAAGAAUUAAAAUGGUUUCUGGAUGUUUAUGUGAGAAUCACAGAGUUGUGUUUGAAUAAUGAUUCGAUAACGACAUUGGCCUGCAAAAGAAUGUGCGCUUACAAUCUGCCGGUAAUUGACUAGUUCGAGACAUGUUCUGACACUUGCUAUUGCGUGUAUGCCUUUCUUUUCCUUUUAGUGUUUUGUUCGAGCUUUUGCCAAAGAAGCCUUCGAAGAUCGUUUAAUGCCUCUGGUGGAGAAACUAGCUCAGGAUCAGGAUGAAGAAGUACGCUGUACCAUUGCUUCCGGUUUUCAUGAAAUCGUCAGAUACGGAGGUCACAGUCAUUUGUUAUUGGCUCCAUUUAUGGAGCUGAUUCGGAGCGGAGCCGUGGAAGUUGUCCAACAUUUGACAGCUAAUUUGAACGAGAUCUUACCCAUUUUGUAUCAGAGUUUGCAAAACAAUCCUAAUCAAGUAAGGAGUGUUGUUCUUUUUUCUUGUGAAUGUCAUUGUUCUAUGACUAUUUUUCAUAUUUUUUAGAAAACCACAUCUGUUCAAUUAGACCGUAUCCUGCUCGGUUGUAAUCGCCUAAUCCGAAACACUGGCUGCUGGAGAUCACACGAGUCGUAUCUCUCCAAUAUGAGUGUGAUGAGGCACAUCUUGCCCACAAAUGAUCUCUACGUUUCUUUCCUUCCCCUAUUCAAACAAGAAGUCUUAACAGCCAGAGCAUUGCCUUGUAGGGUAGCUGCCGUAAAGACAUUAUUAUUGAUUAUGAGGGAGCUGCCGGAGAAGAAGAACCGACAAGAAGUAAUCGACUUCUUUAAUGAAAGUAAGCCCUUUACAGACAAUUAUGUCGAAUCCACUUCACAAGUACUAAUUGUCGCCUCUUACAGCGAUUGCAAAACACGAAAGUUGUCAGCGUCGAAAGUUGAUGAUAAAUGCAGCUGAAGUUGUCCUCGAGAACUUUAGCAAAGAAUUUUUUGUCCAAAAUUUCCUUGGUUCCAUUAUUCGACUGUCAAAAGAUCCAGUUUGGAAUAUACGGUAUGCUCAUUGAUGUAAGUUUUCAGUUCUCUUUUAGACUGCAAGUUUGCAAAUUCUUCAUCAAGGUCAAGCAGAAUCUUGUUUAUCCGACAGAUGAGCCAAUAAUAAAUAGAAUGGAAAAAGCAAUCAAAGAAUUGCUUACAGAAGAUAUUAACAUUUACAAUCGACAAAUGGUCCAGCAGGUGGGUGGCAUUACAUUUGCUGAUAAUGGAAUGAUUUUAGUUUGGGUGUGAUCUCUCUCGCGCCGAAACCAGAAAUUCUGACGAUGAGAACAAAAAGAGACUAGCAGAUGAAGAAAAAUUAUGGAAGGAGCCCGAGGCAUCGCCGAAAGAAGUGGAAGUGAAGCCAUCAACGUCUAAACCUACAAUAGAAAUACCCCCGCCGCCUACUAAACGGUCGAAAACACCGCCUCCUGUCCCACCAAAACCCAAGGUUGGUAUUCGACGUACAUCCUCGGAGACUACGAACAUACAAAGGUAAGUUCUUCUGACGUACUUGUUACUGCUUUAAUUGGUUCUUCUGUAACUUUUAACUGUUUCUUUUAGACCAAUUGCUGAAGAAACGUCGAAAACAAUUACACCUUUAGUCGUGAGCGAUUCAAGUCCAUCUACCUCAACAGCACCACCUAAUUGUGCCGUUCCUUGGAAAACAAUUCGAAAAGAGAAGCCGAAAAUGGCCAUCGUUCGACCUCAGCCUCAGGUUGUGGUCACUCAACGAGCUCCCUCUCCAAUGCCUCGAGCUGAGAAAGAUAGGAAAUCGAGGUUGCCACUGUCGACUGGUCGAUAUCGAAGUAAUUCCAAUUCCAGAGAGUCUACGCCAGCUCCAGAUUUGAAUCUCAAGAAGUAUGCGCCUAAAGGUAAAUCGAAAUAAGUUGUUGAUAAUAGUUUUUUUCAGACAGUGCAAAGCCUCCUAUAGCCCUCCGGCGGUCAGCCACCACUUCAAAUGCUUCGGCAUCAGCUUCGAUGCCUCCGACAAGUCCGAUGAGUCGAUCCACUGACACCGAUCUCAACAAAUCCUCCUCAUCUUCAAGAUCUUCAAGUAUCAGACGACCUUACAGUCUUUUGAAAGUCCAAAGUACGAGCUCCAUUGAUAGAAAACCAGGUCAUAUGUCUGUGCGGGUAACCAGUAUGACAUGA